AUGCUAGACAAUAAUGAAACCACUUCAAAUUCAUCCGGCGUUUUAACUCUCUCUAAUCCUUCCACUACCUCUUCAUACAUUCACGGAGUUAAUAAUGAUUAUUACCUACCACCCUCCGGAGAAAGAGAAGACAUGAAUAAUAGCAACAUGUCAUCAUCGGAGGAUGCUGAGCCAAUGUCCACAGCUGAUCAAAUGGACUUUUCAGAGUCGGGAUUGGAUGUCCAUGAGUAUGGCUCUUUUGCCUCUAGAAUGCAUGACUUUUCUUCUCCCAUCACAACAAAGGCUCCGCCCUUUCCAGAAAAGAAUUUACAACAAGUCGGUAGCGCAAAGAAGGGUGUUGUUCAAGCACCACCACGACCUCCUAAUCCUUUUACAUCCAUUCCACCUGCACUGAAUCAUCAUUCCACUCCCAUUUCCAAUAAUGUAAUUAAUUCCAUCACCACGACUACCACCAUUCCCACCACAAAUAUGCAACCCGAACCAUCAAGUCCUUCCAACACCUUUAGAGAAUUUCUAGAGGGUGAAGUGUAUAAGAGACCAGCCCGUCUCUCUCCGCUAUCUGUUGAUAACAUUGUUGAGGAACAGCAGACCAUCAACAAGACAAAACAGUCAUCAACUAAAGUCUCAUCAUCAUCGGCCACAACGACUGGCCCUAAACAACCUACAAAUCCUUCCGUAAAUAUCAAUUCUUCCAAACAAUCCGUAACAUCAUCAUCAACAACAACAGCAACCAAUGGAAAUACUGUUACUGAACAAAAAGUUGAACCUCCUCAAAGACCAACAAUUUCAAAUAAGACACUUUUAUUGGCAAAUCGAUUGACUGCUCAACCUUCCAAACCACAACAGCAAGAAGAAGAAUCUAAUAACGAAUCAAGCGAUCAUGAAAUGUCAACAAAAAAAAACUCUUGCCAGCAAGAAAGAAUCAAAGAAAAGAUCAAGUCAUGA